CGAUAGUUUUUCGCGUUUCAAGUGCGGAAAGUGUAAGUCAACGCAAUAUAAGGAACAGAUGUCUAAAAAAUCCCAACAUUCCCAACCUCAAUGGAGCUCGAGAGUGUGAGGUGAAUGAUGCUUAUGGACGUUCAGCUCGUCUUUUUAUCGCCUCUGAGACCUCGCUAGUUAGAGUCACCUGUCCGCUCGCGGCGGGUUCGGCAAAACCCGGAUCCCCGAGCGACUUGGCAGAAGGUUUCUAUAUGCGCGCCGGCGAGAGAGGGACGAGAAGUUAUGACCGUGGGCCCGAUUGGGAGCAGCGAGUUCGCGAGGCGCACCGCCAGUCCUCAGAAACGAUGAACUGCAAUGGGGGAUCGUCCGUGGCUGGUGAGGCAUGCAAGGCGGGCGCUUCUGUGGAUAGCAGACCGAUCGUCACCUAUGCUGGGGAUGAAAAUUUGUUUUCUACAUUGGAAAAGAAUUUACUCCAAGCUAUACCUACGGAUACAGUAGAAUGGCGCCGGUCGUUCAGCAGGCCAAUUAAACAAGUCAAACUUGGGACUACUUUUGUGCCAUUUUCCAGAGAUAUUUUGCCUACUGACAAAGAUUGGCAUCUCAUAAAGCAGCCAAUUUUUCAUAUUUAUUGGACAGAAUGUUCUGAUGUUGAUACUUAUAAGACUAGUGUCAGAGAUGAUAUUGAUGCCUGGUUAAAAAUACUGAAUUUAUAUCAUAUUCAAGAUUGGAUGAUUGUAUUGGUAGAAACAUAUGAUGUAAAGAAGGCUAAUAAAUUGUUGCCUAGGACUACUGUCUUAGAUAAAAUACGAAGUGACUUUGCUGCUAAAAAUGGCGACAGAUGCUUUGCUGUAAUUAAUCCAAUUAAAUCUGAAUCUCGUUCCGCGGAAUCAUGGAGAGGCUUGAUAACUCGUAUUCGUCAUUUGAUGUUGACUGCAUAUGACAAAACCCUGUCGCGUUUUGAAGAUAUUAUACGUGAACAGAGAGAAAGGCGGAACAAUCCUAGUUGGAAUUUCUGCCAUUAUUUUCUUUUACAGGAAGAAUUGGCAUUUGUAUUGCAAAUGCUGGGUUUGUAUGAUGAGGCAUUGGUGCAAUAUGAUGAACUAGACGCUCUCUUUACACAGUUUGUGCUCAAUUCUAAUGUAGGAGAUACUCCAGGAUGGUUAGGUCUGUUUCAAACACCUCUGAACAACUGGGGAGGUGUGAAUUUAAAUAACGGUACAAACUAUCGUCUGAGGUUUCUUUUGGCUGAAUGUAGGGCAUCUUUAUUAGAUCUUAGGAGUUAUUUGUUUAGUAGACAAUGUGCCAUGCUACUCCUGCUUAAUAAGCCUUGGGAGGUUGCACAAAGGUGCUUAUCGUUUGUUCAUAAUACAUUAAGUGAACUAAGAAUCUUAGAGGUACAGAAACCUGAAGGCUCUAUAGAAUGCUGGUCAUUCCUCUGUGCGUUAGAGGUUUUGCAAGCAUGUCAAUUGUGCACCAAUAAUAUCGAUAACAAUCAACAAUUAGACUUGUGCUCUUUACAUACAGCUAGUUUGUGGGCACUUGCAAGAGACAAGGUAAAUAACUUAGGAAAAUUGUGCGGCCUAAUGCCAGGAAGUGAACCGACUAGUGAACAGUUGCAUACAGUUGUGUAUCUUAUAGCAGGUAUAGGAGAUUCAGAGCCGCAGAUAGAAAGAAAAUUAACCCCUACAGACAAGUUAAAAGAAGCACUUUCAUCCAAAGAAGCAUUCAAGAAACAAUAUUUGGAACAUGCAGAAUUAGCCAUGGGCACAUACAAACAUGUCGGCCGUAUUCGAUCAGCCAGAUUAAUUGGCAAAGAAUUGGCACGAUUCUACAGCGAACUCGGAGAAAAUCAGAAAGCAGUAGCAUUUUUAUCUGAUGCUUUAAAAACUUAUAUGGAGGAAGGAUGGCAUCACUUGGCAGUGCAAACACAGUUGGAGCUAGCCGAAUGUUACAAACGGAUGGACGACGUCGAGAAAUAUACUAAAGUGUGCGCGGCAGUAGCUAGCGCAAGUCUUUUGCAUAUAACUGUACGCAAUACAUAUUUGGAAGAAAUGUUAGGAUAUAUGAAAAUGAUCUCUUCGCCUCAACCAUUACUCGCGGAACUCGGAUGUGCUUUUACAAUACUCAGUAUGGAAGCUAAAGUAAUGGAUAAAAUAGUUCAAGACUGUGUAGUUAACGUUGAAAUCAGUGUACAGAGUUUAUUUCCUCGAGAAGUAAGAUGCACUAGCGCUGCUAUUUCUGUAGAGGAAAUACAAAAGCCAUCUAUACCUAAUAAGAAAAAAGGAUUAAAAUCUAUUGACCCUCCAGUUCAAUUGUUAUCAAAGUGUACAUUAGAAGAUAUGAAACUUGAUCUCAGUUUAUUACGUUUGCAAGUAUAUUCUUAUUUGGAUUACAAGGAAGAUAGAAGUCUUGGUUCUGCUAGCGUUAUUAGUAAAAACAUGAAGCCGCUCGUGAGACGUUCAGAUAGUGCAAAACAUAGAAAACCUUCAAUUAAUAUAAAGGGUGAUUUUAGCAAAGCACUUUUCUGUGAUGAAUUUGUUAUGAAACCUGGUGUAAAUACAUUUGUCGCAACAAGACGAGUGAAUCAACCGGGUUUGUACAAAGUUAGCCAGUUAUCAUUGGUGAUAGAAGAAAAAUUAGAAUUUUUAUCAUCUGUACUAAAUCCAAGAUUAUGCUACGAAGUAGCAAAGACACAGCCAACGAUAUCCGUAAAAUGUGGCAGAGAUUUAUUGGCAGGUCUUUCUCAAGAUAUUGAAUUGGUUAUAUCGAGCGGAAGUACAAAAAUAACCGAAGAAAUGAAAUUAAAAUUACGUACAUCGCGCGGACUGACAGUACAGUCACAAAGUGUUGAAAAAGUAAUGGUAAAAGAGUUAGAGAUACCACUGCCAACGUGCGAACCAUUUCAAACCAUAAAAAUACAGUUAAAGAUUUUAGCUGAACUACCACCAAAGAAGGAUUCUUCAUCUAUGGAACAUAAAUUGAAUAUUCAAUGUCCAUGGGGUUUGGAAGAAAGUAUACUUUUGCAUUUUGGUCCACCAUUAAUGUCGAGUAUGAAACUUCACACAGCAAAACAAAGAAAAUUCAUUCAAAUAGUCGUAACUGGUUUGACAAGUCAGCUUCUACAAUUAACUGAGCCUGAAUUAAUGACAGUUUCGUCAAUAGACGUUAACUUUAAAAGUUUAAAUCCUAUCGCGGGUCAGAAAUUAAUUAUAGGUAAUGGAAUGAAUGUUUCCUUUAUGUGGGAACUUGAAAUUGGGAAAGAUGAAAAAUCCACGAUACCAAUAAAGACUGAUUUUCGUGUAAAAUAUAUAUCAGUUAAUGAUACUGAAGAAUUAAAUGAUACACAUGUUGAUGAUGAUCCACUACAUAUACAUAAUCUAGAAAGAAUUGAGAAAGCAUGUAGUAUUUACAGAUGCAACUUUGAUAUUACAGAUUAUGUGACUUUAUUCACAGUAUCCUCGAAAGUUGAAACAAGUGGUGGAGAGUUUUGUCGUGCUGGUAGUAUAUGCCACUUGUGUCUUACAGUCAUGCGCAUACCUAGUCUUAGUUCAAAUCCUCCACCACAGUUAAUGUACGAGGUUUUGGCGGACCAAACUAUGUGGGCGGUAUGUGGUCGGACAGCAGGCAUUGUAUCAUUAGAAAUAGUAGAAAAACAAAGCGUUACAUUAGAUGUAAUGCCUCUGACAAGUGGUUAUUUGCCUCUCCCUGUUGUUAGACUAUCUCGGUAUAUACCUGCAACAGAAUCGAAAAAUGAUAUCGUCCGUAAUAAAAAUGAUUUAGGAUCUGGUCCUCGAUUAGAACCAUUUAGUCCGGGACAAGUAUAUAAUGCCAGUAAAGCACAACAAGUGCAUGUUCUGCCAGCAGUUCCAUCAGAAUCUAAUUAAAGAUGUAUAAAUUGUUGUUAAAGAUAUAUACAUAUUCUUUGA